UCGUUAUGAAGGCUAAGUUUAGCACCCGCUCACACACGAUUCCAAGCAGGAAUUACAUUGUGAAAGGUCAUAAAACUGCAGCUCUAACACCAUAUCCCGGUAAACCACAGCAUAUGAAGGCAAACUGGAUACAGUUUUAAAGGCAGCAAUAGGCAGUUGCAGGCUUUUUUGUUUUUUUUUUAAAUCUAUGAACCGCUAAAAUUUAAAACUUUGUGAACAGAAAUGCAUUUUAUGUUGCUCAAUCUUUAAGGCCCCUUGAUAACUAAACCCUGUAAAUCUCGCGAGAGUGCGUGAGGCGAUAAAUUGAGGGAACAUGGCGACGUCUAAUUUGCUAAAGAACAAAGGCUCCCUCCAGUUUGAGGACAAAUGGGAUCUGAUGCGCCCCAUCGUUCUGAAGUUAUUGCGCCAGGAAUCCGUGACAAAACAGCAGUGGUUCGAUUUGUUUUCGGAUGUUCAUGCAGUUUGUCUUUGGGAUGACAAAGGUCCAGCAAAAAUCCACCAGGCUUUGAAAGAAGAUAUCCUUGAUUUUAUCAAACAAGCACAGGCAAGAGUGUUGAGCCAUCAGGAUGACACCGCAUUACUCAAAGCCUACAUUGUGGAAUGGAGAAAGUUCUUCACUCAGUGUGACAUCCUCCCCAAGCCAUUCUGCCAGCUCGAGAUUACACUGAUGGGGAAACAGGGCAGCAACAAGAAGUCAAAUGUAGAAGACAGCAUUGUGAGAAAGCUCAUGCUUGACACGUGGAAUGAGUCCAUCUUUUCCAAUAUAAAGAAUCGGCUGCAGGACAGUGCAAUGAAACUGGUGCACGCAGAGCGAUUGGGAGAGGCAUUUGACUCGCAGCUCGUCAUUGGAGUCCGAGAGUCUUAUGUGAAUCUGUGCUCCAACCCCGAAGACAAACUUCAGAUUUAUCGGGAUAAUUUUGAAAAGGCAUAUCUGGAUUCAACUGAGAGAUUUUACAGGACACAAGCUCCCUCAUAUUUACAGCAAAAUGGCGUUCAGAAUUAUAUGAAAUAUGCUGAUGCUAAGUUAAGAGAAGAAGAGAAAAGAGCACUUCGUUAUUUAGAGACGAGGCGUGAAUGUAACUCUGUACAAGCACUUAUGGAAUGUUGUGUAAAUGCACUUGUGACGUCGUUCAAAGAGACGAUCUUAGCAGAAUGCCCCGGCAUGAUUAAAAGAAACGAAACUGAUAAGCUACAUCUUAUGUUUUCACUCAUGGAUAAAGUUCCAAAUGGAAUCGAACCCAUGCUGAAAGAUUUGGAGGACCAUAUUAUAAGUGCCGGGUUAGCAGACAUGGUAGCAACAGCUGAAACGAUCACUACUGACUCUGAGAAAUAUGUAGAGCAGCUGCUUACAUUAUUUAAUCGAUUCAGUAAACUAGUUAAAGAAGCAUUUCAAGAUGACCCUCGCUUUCUGACUGCCAGAGACAAAGCAUAUAAAGCUGUUGUGAAUGACGCCACAAUAUUUAAACUUGAGCUACCCCUGAAGCAAAAAGGAGUGGGUUUAAAAACACAGCCUGAGUCCAAGUGCCCUGAGCUGCUAGCAAACUACUGUGACAUGUUGUUAAGAAAAACACCGCUUAGUAAAAAACUCACCUCUGAAGAAAUUGAAGCAAAACUGAAGGAGGUGUUACUGGUGCUAAAAUAUGUGCAAAAUAAAGAUGUCUUCAUGCGGUAUCAUAAAGCACAUUUGACUCGCCGUUUGAUCCUGGACAUUUCAGCUGACAGCGAGAUUGAAGAAAACAUGGUGGAGUGGCUUAGAGAAGUGGGUAUGCCUGCAGACUAUGUAAACAAACUGGCCAGGAUGUUUCAGGAUAUUAAAGUAUCCGAAGACCUUAACCAGUCAUUCAAGGAAAUGCAUAAACACAAUAAGCUUGCAUUACCAGCGGAUUCAGCGAACAUUAAAAUCCUGAAUGCUGGAGCCUGGUCCAGGAGCUCUGAGAAGGUGUUUGUGUCUCUGCCCACGGAGCUGGAGGACCUCAUUCCGGAGGUCGAGGAGUUCUACAAGAAGAACCACAGCGGCAGAAAACUGCACUGGCAUCACCUCAUGUCCAACGGCAUUAUAACGUUUAAGAAUGAAGUGGGCCAGUAUGACCUGGAGGUCACCACAUUUCAGCUGGCCGUUCUGUUUGCCUGGAACCAAAGACCCAGAGAAAAGAUUAGUUUUGAAAAUCUCAAAUUGGCAACUGAGCUCCCAGACGCAGAGCUUCGACGGACCUUAUGGUCUCUUGUAGCUUUUCCAAAGCUAAAGCGGCAGGUGUUAUCAUACGAACCUCAAGUCAACUCACCCAAAGACUUUGCAGAAGGCACCCUCUUCUUCGUGAACCAGGAGUUCUCUUUAAUUAAAAACAGCAAGGUUCAGAAAAGAGGAAAGAUUAAUCUCAUCGGCAGACUGCAGCUGACAACAGAGAGAAUGAGAGAGGAGGAAAAUGAAGGGAUCGUCCAGCUAAGAAUAUUAAGAACCCAGGAGGCCAUCAUCCAAAUAAUGAAAAUGCGCAAGAAGAUUACCAACGCCCAGCUCCAGACUGAACUGGUAGAAAUUCUAAAAAACAUGUUUUUACCGCAGAAGAAAAUGAUCAAAGAGCAAAUUGAAUGGCUUAUCGAGCACAAAUACAUCAAGAGGGAUGAGUCGGACAUAAACACCUUCAUUUACAUGGCGUAGCGACGAGGAAGAGCGCACGAGUGGCGAUGAUGACGCCAGGCGGACCCGGCUCUGAUCGGAAGAAUGUCAACAAGAAAAAACACGAAAUACUGGAUUUGUGAAUUACUCUUCAGUUACAUACAUAUUAAAAUCCCUGCCUUGCCUUAUAAAGAAAAAAAAAAAGAGGACUAUAUUUUGCCAAUGUUAUUCGGUAUGCAUGGUGGCGUUUUGCCUUCGUGUUUCUCUCAUCUUCAACGGCAUGCAAUUUUGUGGAAAUAAUGCAUUCAUCAAACGAGCCUGUUGUGUGCUGUUAAAAAUAAUUAUAAUUUCGAUCCACUGUGCAAGUCCGCUGUCGGAUGGAUUACAGAUAUUUCUUCUUUUUCGGACGUGCCCGCAACAGUAAACCUAGACCCACACAUCAUUAUGCACUGGGGAACUGCUGUUAGUUUUGUAUAUAAAGAAUUGUAAUUAGAACUAGGAUUAGCACUUCCACUUUAUGUUCUGGACCGUUUCCUUUUUCGGCAUACAGUUUCUGAAGAUGGUUUAUCAUUAAUGUUGGUGUCCUGAAGUUUGCAAGUUGUAACCGACAGUUGUAUUACCAUGCAUUUCCGUAAUGCGAUGGCAGUCUUUUCUCUAAGUCAACAAUAUUUUCAGUAAACCUUAUUUUAUGUCCCCGGCCCCAACACAUUAUUUUCUUUUUCUUUUUAUUCUUUUUGUCUCCUAAAAUAAGGUUUGUACUGCUGGUUAUAAAACAAAACAGUGUUGCGUUCAGUUUUCCGAAUGCCGUGAAAAUUGAUUUCUUUGCGCUGAAUUAGGUUGCUAUUAAACAAAACAAAA